UGCGUGCAUCAGCCUCGUAGGCGGCGAGAAGAGCCUCUUGGCUCCCAUGGUCCGAUCGAUGAUUAAGGCAGCGGUGCUCGCUGCGGGAGAGUACUACCCCGCACUCGACGAGAACGAUGAACUCGUCGGGCGCGACCUGUUCGACACUCCAGAACAGCGUGAGCUAGGCUUGAAUGAAUUCAUGGCUCGUCUCCCGGACGCGGGGAAGCAGUAUUACAAGGCCGUCUACUUGAAAGAGUUCCCCGUAUUUGUGAACGAAUGCAUGGGCAGUGCAAAGGCGACAGAAAAGGGACAGACACUGGCCUGCAGCACGACGCAGGACUACAAUGCCUUGGUGUACAAGUCGUAUGGAUUUGAGCAGAAAGGCGAGAGGACCAUGCCGUCGCCGUGGGGGGACUGGCCGCUGUAUGUGUUCGCUCUAGACACCAAGCGUGCAUAGCUCAGAGACGAGAGGCAGUAUGAGAAACUGUAGUCUGUAAGAUAGUCGAAUAAGAAAGAUUCUU